GCGACCAAAACAAAUAAAUUGUUUAUUGUUUCUCCAGAUUUUCUUAUCACAAGUAGGAAAUUAAUCAAGAUUAAAUAAUUUUCUUUAAAGAAAUGCGCUUGACAAAGCUCUGGCAGAACCGUUCGCCCGGCGAUCGCCACUUAAGCACGUAUUUUUGCUUGGCGGCCGUGCGUUUACUGCUCGUUUUUGUGCCCCAAUUGGGUUAUGUGCAUCCGGAUGAGUUCUUUCAAAGCGUGGAGGUGAUGACAGGCGAUCACUUUCGGCUGGAACACACGCGCACCUGGGAGUUCAACAACUCGUUGCCUGUGAGAUCAAUAGUUUUACCAUUCGCUUUGCUUCGAAUUCCCUGGAGUUUCUACGAGUUCAUCGCUGAGUGCGUGAAAACCUGGUGGCAUUUAGAGCUCCUGGGCACCUACACCUACGUGGUGUUUCCUCGCCUGAUUUACACAUUGAUUUCCUUCUCCAAUGACUAUUGCAUGUACCGCCUUUGCCGGUUGUAUGGACUCCGAUUCGAAAUCCGCCUUUUGGCGAUGGGAAGCUCAUGGAUUCUACUCGUCUUUGGCACUCGCACUUUCUCCAAUAGCCUGGAAAUGGCCAUGUGCUCCUGGCUCCUCUACUUGGUGGGCGAUUGCAUGCUGCGAACCAGAACAGUGGUCUACAAAAAAGAAUUCCUCGAGGAGAAGUACGAAAAGGCGGAGUCCAUUAGCGAACGGGUUCGGAUUUGGAAGCUAAAAAAUUCUCUGCCGCCACACAAUCUGCAGCACCUUAUGGCCAUGUCCACAAUCUGUGUGGCUGGGGUAUUCAAUAGGCCCACUUUCCUGCUUUUCGGAGCACCCAUGGUCUUCUUUUGGCUGCUGAGAGGACUGGGAACCCGGAGCAUCACCUUUCGGGACUUUAAUCUGCGCAUCGUUCUCUUCUGCUUGUGCUCUCUGCCCGCCCUGCUGGUCUUCAUCUUCUGCGAUUCCCUGUACUACCAACACCUGACCCUCGGAGAACUGCACAUGAUGCACUUAAGCAUCGAUAACUUUGUCUUCACGCCGUGGAACUUCAUCAAAGCUAAUCUGGACUCGGCGCAGACGGCCAGCCAUGGAGUGCACCCGUGCUAUGUCCACCUGAUGGUCAACAUGCCAAUGCUGUUCAAUGUCUUGGCACUGGCCUCCUUGGGAGCCUUUGCCCAGCUGCUGCUCAGAUUCUUUCGGGCGGAGUAUCAAGUGCUGCCGCGCUUCCAGAGCAUCCUCUCCUUGAUGUCGGGGGCCAUCUUUGUGCCGCUGUUCUUCCUCUCGCUUAUCAACCACCAGGAGCCGCGUUUCCUGCUGCCCGUCACCUUUCCGUUGCUACUGCUCCACGCUCCAAAGCUGAUCACAGGAUUCAGUGCCAAGUAUCCCUUCCAGAAGGACCACCCCCUUCUGCGCUGGUUCUACGACAGAAUACUCUCCAGCAGAGCUUCGGAACCCUAUCUUCUUAAGAUCUGGUACGUGAGCAACGUUGUGCUGACCCUCUUUUUCGGCUUCAUCCAUCAGGCGGGCGUUUAUCCCUUGGCGGCGGACAUGUCGCAUGUGGUCGCCACCAAGCCGGCAGCUACGCACGUCCACUUGAUAACUUCACACAUCUACAGCGUGCCCCUGCACCUGAUCAACAUCCCCAGCUCGAGAGUGCUGCACUUCAACAAGCAGACCCAUCAGCGGUAUCGCCACCAGCGCGAUUUCUACAUGUACGAGUACGGAGGCCUCUCGCUGGACUCCCUGCUGCAGAAGGUGAAGCUCAUCAGUGGGAACUGUGAGGUGAAGCAGUCGGGACCGAGUCGACUGCGCUACAAGCUGUACCUGGCCAUUCCGGCAUCCUUGAGUGCCGAUCUCCACGAGGCUCUGGUGCACUCGAACGCCAGCAGCUACCUGAACUUCGAGCUGCUAAACGUGUUCUAUCCGCAUCUCUCCACGGAGGCGUUUCCGCGUCUGCUGGGCAGGCAUCCUUGCGACGUGGAUGCUCCCCACUGGGCGCACGACGACCUGAAGGGCACUUGUGCAGCGGAACAGCCGCCAGCGCUGAGUUUUGCCUACCUAAACAAGCAGUUCAGCUCUUUCGUCCAUCAACUGGGACUGGCGCUCUACGAGAUCGAUGUAAAGCGCAAGAAGCCGCUUUCUGUAGUGCUAAAGAAAGCCGGUGUUCAGCCACUAAAGGAUUUAAUGGUGUCGUCCUUUCAGUUCCUCAUCUGCUUGGCCCUCUGCAUCGCCGCCGCCCAGGCUGGUUUGAUUGCCUCCCCCGUGGCUACCUAUGCUGCUGCCCCGGCCUACGCCACCACCUAUGCCGCUGCCGCUCCCGUGGCCUACAGUGCUCCGGUCACCACCUACGCCGCUGCCGCUCCUGCCUACUCAACCUACGCCGCCGCCGCUCCCGCCUACUCCACCUACGCUGCCGCUGCUCCAGCUUACACCGCCUCGGUGUACAGUGCCCCGGCCUACACCGCUCCCGUGGCCACUUACGCCGCCGGUGCCGCCUACGCCGCUCCCAUCUCCACUUACGCGGCCCCGGCCAUCGUCAGCCCCUUCCUGAAGAAGAAGUAAACUUGACCCCAUCCCUGGCCCACUUGACAAGCGAAUCGAUAUACUAAAUAAACCGCCAAUUUAAGCGAAA